CGAGCCGGAGCUUGGCAAAAUCCUCGAGAGGCAAAGCCCAACAAAACCCUAGCCGCCUUCCCCUCCUUUCUUAAACCCCAAGCCGUGCCUCCAUCGCUUCCACUCUUCCCCCAUUCCACCACCUCUCCUGGUCUGGUCGCCUCGUCCCAUCCCAGUCUUCAGGUUUAGUGUUCAAUGGCAGCCUUCAACAAGCUUGGCAGCCUUCUAAGGCACAGUACUCUGACAAGUGGUGCCCCUGCCAGCUCGUCUCCUGCUUUGUUCAAUGCUGCUCGGCUAAUGUCCACCAAGCUUUUCGUUGGUGGUCUUUCCUGGGGUACUGAUGAGCAGACUUUGAGACAAGCAUUUAGCAGCUUCGGAGAGGUUACCGAAGCAAGGAUCAUCACAGACAGGGAAACUGGAAGGUCAAGAGGCUUUGGCUUCGUGAAUUUCAGCAACAGUGAUGAUGCCAAGGCGGCUGUGAGCCAAAUGGAUGGUCAGGAACUUGAAGGGCGGAGUGUCCGUGUGAACUUCGCUAAUGAAAGGCCUGCAGGGAACCGUGGUGGUGGUGGUGGCUUUGGCGGGGGUGGCUAUGGUAGCGGCGGAGGCGGCUAUGGCGGCAGCUAUGGUGGUGGCAACCAAAGCUAUAGUUCUGGAGGGGGCCAGGAUGCCUUUUAAAAGUGCGUUGACUAUAAAAAUAUAUUUGAAAUAAUGGCUUUAGGACCUGAUGUGCGGCUUAUGUGAAGCCUUAAUGAUGCUUUACUAGUUUGUGUUCUGAAGUUGAGUCGUUGAAUUAGUGCAUUCAGGUGCUACCGAAUUUUGCUGGCGGGUGGUUUGAAGAGUGCAAAGUGGCAUGUAUCUCAUAAGAAGAACAUGGCAAAGUUUAGAGCACAUUACUUUAGAUCCCUAUCUAUUGCAAUGUGUACAGAAGUAUCACUUGGGCCUUGUUUAGAUCC